UCUGGGUGUAAAUAUUGCUGCAAAUAUUCUAGGACCAACAGCAGUUCUAUUCGAAUGCAACGUCUGUGGCCGAGCAUACCGUCACCGUGAGACUUUGACAAGACACCAACGUGUGGAAUGUGGCAAAGAGGCACACCUGCAUUGUAGUCAGUGCCAUUACAAAACUAAACACAAACAUGAUUUGGUUAGGCAUCAGAGAGCCAGGCAUGGUGUCUUUCAUCAUUACCAGUUGGAUAUUUUCACUUCACCAGAUUCCACCUGUGGAUAUAAACAUCGCUGCAAAUAUUCUAGGAUCUACAGCAGUUCUAUUCAGAUGUGACGCCUGUGGCCGUGUGUACCGUCAUCGCGACACUCUGACAAGGCAUCAGCGUGUGGAGUGUGGCAAAGAGGCUCACCUCCACUGUAGCCACUGUCAUUACAAAACUAAAUACAAACAUAACUUGGUUAGGCACCAAGGAAAUAGACAUGCUGACAUCCAUCCUUGCCACUUGUGAAACUUGAUUUUGAGUAUUGUAACUUUUUUAUUUUUGAUCAGUAAGUUAGUAAAAUAUCAGAUAGUGGUUGAAAUAUAGCCUUUCCUUUCUUCUGAUAUUAAAUGUGGAAGUAUAAUGUUUUAUUUCACUGCACCAGUGUUUCUAUCUAAUGAUAUUGCCCAUUGCAGACUUUUGGUUCACAGAUUGCAGAAAUUGAAGUGAAAAAGCUAACUUAUAGCAAGCUGGUUUACAUGAAAGCUAAAAAGAAGGAUAGAUAAAGUAAAACACUAUAAACCCAGAAAAAUAUCACACUUUUCAGCUAGCCUUCCAGUAUAUUAUUACCAGUACUUAGUACUGUUAUUAUUAAUUUCAAUCUGAGAUAAAAAAAUUUGCUGAUAUUGUUGUAUAAUUAAACAUAGCUUUGAAAUGUAUGACACUGACAGUGAUUGACCAUCAUUAAAUGAUAUGACAGCUACAUUCUCCAUUUGCUGUUAAUGGUUUGACUUACUGAAAUA